CUGCACCUGGGAGGCUGCGCCUGUGCCCAGGACUUCGAAGAUUCCGGCAUCUGGUGAAGACUCCGGGCUGAGGGCAAUUUGGUUUUGAUGCUGUGCCAGAAAUCUUCAGACAAUGAGCUACUGGAACUCGGAGAAAAGGAACUGUGUGCAGUACCGCAGGCAUUUUCUGGUGGACAACGGUGUUUUUCAUGUUGAAAGAUGCAUGAGCGUAAUGCAGUCCGGGACGCAGAUGAUCAAACUGAAGCGUGGGACCAAAGGCCUUGUACGGCUCUUUUACCUGGAUGAGCAUCGGACCUGCCUGCGUUGGCGACCGUCUAGGAAGAGUGAGAAGGCGAAAAUCCUUAUCGACUCCAUUUACAAAGUCACUGAGGGCCGGCAGUCUGAGGUGUUCCACAGACAGGCUGAGGGGAACUUGGAUCCCAGUUGCUGCUUCACCAUCUACCAUGGCAACCACAUGGAGUCUCUGGACCUCAUCACUUCCAACCCCGAGGAGGCCCGCACCUGGAUCACAGGACUCAAGUACCUGAUGGCUGGCAUCAGUGAUGAAGAUUCUCUAGCCAAGAGGCAGAGGACUCAUGACCAGUGGGUGAAACAGACCUUUGAGGAAGCUGAUAAGAACGGUGAUGGCUUACUGAAUAUUGAAGAGAUACACCAAUUGAUGCAUAAACUGAAUGUCAAUCUGCCUCGAAGAAAAGUCAGGCAAAUGUUUCAGGAAGCUGACACAGAUGAGAAUCAGGGAACUUUGACAUUUGAAGAGUUCUGUGUUUUUUACAAAAUGAUGUCCUUGAGGCGCGACUUGUAUCUGUUGCUCUUGAGCUACAGUGACAAGAAAGACCAUCUAACAGUGGAAGAGCUGGCUCAGUUUUUGAAGGUCGAACAAAAGAUGACUAAUGUGACAACAGACUAUUGCCUUGACGUCAUAAAGAAGUUUGAAGUUUCAGAAGAAAAUAAGGUGAAAAAUGUCCUUGGAAUAGAAGGCUUCACAAAUUUCAUGCGUAGUCCUGCUUGUGACAUAUUUAAUCCCCUGCACCAUGAAGUCUAUCAGGACAUGGAUCAGCCCCUCUGCAACUACUACAUUGCUUCCUCUCACAACACGUACUUGACUGGGGAUCAGCUUCUUUCUCAGUCCAGAGUGGAUAUGUAUGCCCGGGUGCUACAAGAGGGCUGUCGCUGUGUCGAAGUUGACUGUUGGGAUGGUCCAGAUGGAGAGCCAGUAGUACACCACGGCUAUACUCUCACUUCAAAAAUUCUCUUCAGAGAUGUUGUGGAGACCAUCAACAAGCAUGCCUUUGUGAAGAAUGAGUUCCCAGUUAUAUUGUCUAUUGAGAAUCACUGCAGUAUCCAGCAGCAAAGGAAGAUUGCUCAGUACUUGAAAGGAAUAUUCCGAGACAAACUGGACUUGUCAUCUGUAGAUGCAGGGGACUGCAAGCAGCUUCCAAGCCCUCAAAGUUUGAAAGGCAAGAUCUUAGUUAAGGGCAAGAAGUUGCCUUAUCACCUGGGGGAUGAUGCAGAGGAAGGGGAAGUUUCUGAUGAAGACAGUGCAGAUGAAAUUGAAGAUGAGUGCAAGUUCAAGCUACACUGUAAUAACGGGACCACUGAGCAUCAGAUAGAAUCUUUCAUAAGGAAAAAGCUGGAGUCACUGUUAAAAGAAUCUCAAAUUAGAGACAAAGAAGAUCCUGACAGUUUCACGGUGCGGGCGCUCCUGAAGGCCACACAUGAAGGCUUGAAUGCCCACCUGAAGCAGAAUCCGGACAUGAAGGAAAGUGGAAAGAAAUCCCAUGGACGAUCACUCAUCACCAACUUUGGAAAACACAAGAAAACCGUGAAAUCACGUUCUAAAUCCUGCAGUACUGAUGAGGAGGAAGACACACAGCCAAAUGCUGGCAGGGAGAGUGGCCAGCUGUACAGGUUGGGCCGCCGAAGGAAAACGAUGAAGCUUUGCCGAGAGCUCUCUGAUUUGGUUGUGUACACAAACUCUGUGGCGGCCCAGGACAUCGUGGACGAUGGAACCACAGGAAAUGUGUUAUCCUUCAGUGAAACCAGAGCACAUCAAGUGGUUCAGCAGAAAUCAGAACAAUUCAUGAUUUAUAACCAAAAGCAACUCACAAGGAUUUACCCUUCCGCCUACCGCAUUGAUUCCAGUAACUUCAACCCUCUGCCGUACUGGAACACAGGCUGCCAGCUUGUGGCACUGAACUAUCAGUCUGAAGGGCGAAUGAUGCAGUUAAAUCGAGCCAAAUUCAAGACAAAUGGCAACUGUGGCUAUGUCCUCAAACCCCAGCAAAUGUGUAAAGGCACUUUCAACCCUUUCUCUGGUGAUCCACUUCCUGCCAACCCCAAAAAGCAGCUCAUCCUGAAAGUGAUCAGUGGACAGCAACUCCCCAAACCCCCAGACUCUAUGUUUGGAGACCGAGGCGAGAUCAUUGAUCCUUUUGUUGAAGUUGAAAUUAUUGGCUUGCCAGUGGACUGUUGCAAAGAUCAAACUCGUGUGGUAGAUGACAAUGGAUUUAACCCCGUGUGGGAAGAAACCCUGACAUUUACAGUACACAUGCCAGAAACAGCAUUGGUUCGGUUCCUUGUGUGGGAUCAUGAUCCCAUUGGAAGAGACUUCGUUGGACAAAGGACUGUGACCUUCAGCAGCUUAGUGCCUGGCUACCGGCAUGUCUAUUUAGAAGGACUCACAGAAGCAUCCAUAUUUGUUCACAUAACAAUUAAUGAAAUCUAUGGAAAGUGGAGCCCUUUAAUCCUCAACCCAAGUUAUACUAUUUUGCAUUUUCUAGGAGCCACAAAGAACAGACAGCUUCAAGGUCUGAAGGGACUGUUCAAUAAGAAUCCCAGGCACAAUUCUUCGGAAAACAAUCCCCAUUAUAUCCGGAAACGAUCAAUUGGAGAUAGGAUUCUGCGCCGCACAGCCAGUGCUCCCGCCAAAGGCAGAAAGAAGAGCAAAAUGGGCUUGCAAGAAAUGGUAGAAAUAAAAGAUUCUGUGUCUGAGGCCACCAGAGAUCAAGAUGGCAUUCUGAGGAGGACCACGCGGAGUUUGCAAGUCCGUCCCGUCUCUAUGCCCAUCGAUAAAAGCCUGUUGGGGGCUUUGUCGCUGCCUAUAUCUGAGGUGGCAAAAGAUAAUGAAGGAAAAGAAAACUCUCUGGAAAAUAAAGAAGGUGGAAAAGGGAAGGCAAGUGUAAAAGACCCACAUUUUCCAAAUUUCAACAAAAAGUUAUCCUCCUCCAGCACUGUUCUCCACAAAGAUACCAGCCAAGGGGGCCCUGCUGUUUUCGCUGCCCCAGAGUCAGUCAUGGGAGAACAGUUGGGAGUGCCACGCCCUCCAGGCAGGAGAACCAAGUCGAGUAUAACAGGUGAUUGCCAAGCAAACCACUGUCCCAACAAAUCCCUUUCCCCGAGGCAGCACAUAGCUCUUAAUCCUCCAGCUAAUCUAACCCCAAAUUUGCAUGGUGUGAAAACCAAUGAAGAGAAGAGUGCCCGAGGCUUUGUGGAAGGAAAGAGCAUGUUGUCUGAAAGCAUCCUUUCUCAAAGCACUCUGGAGAUCAAGAAGCUAGAAGGUGGCAAGGAGAAAGGCAGAGCUGUAACAUCCUUUUCUCUCUCCGAUGUCUCCAUGCUCUGUUCUGACAUACCUGACUUACAUUCAACUGCCAUUCUGCAGGAUACUGAGAUUUCUCAUCUUAUUGACAAUGUCACUUUGACAAAUGAGAAUGAGCCCGGCAGUUCCAUCUCAGCCUUGAUUGGCCAAUUUGAUGAGACCAACACUCAGGCUAACCUCACAGUGGUUUCUCAUCUUCAUGGUACUAGUAUGAUAUCAGGGCAUCCUUCUUUUCCUACCACAGCCCUAGAAACACCCAUCAUGCAUAAUUUUUCCAAGGGAAAACUGAGGGCACCAUUCCUGUGUUCAUCUCCUGAGAUGAUCUCAUCCUCGAGUCCUGACACCACCAAACUUGCGGCAUACACAGUUACUUGUGAAACAACAGGUGCUGCCAUCUCCAAAACUAAACCAGAUGGUGACCUGUCUACUAAGACCAAGACGAGAGCCACGGAUGGCAACCUGGCUAGAUCUGCUAAUGGUCCUCAUGGCUGGUUAUCAAAAAGUCCCACCAGUAAAGAAGACUGGGGAGUACCAAAGAGCUGCAGGCCUUCCCUUUCCACUGACUCGACACUAGAAGACGUAACAGAUGACCCCACUUUUGGCAUAAAUUCUGGAGAGAGCAGCCUUGUGGAAAUCGAUGGGGAAUCAGAAAAUCUGUCUGUGACAUCCGAUAGCAUAAGUCAACUUGCCUCUUCAUUAAAACUCAAGUAUAGUCAGGAUGUGGUGGAACACUUUCAAAGGGGUUCGAGAAAUGGCUACUGUAAAGAGCCUCUCCACUGUUCUGUCCCUGAAGUAUUCAAUAAUAUUCAAGUUAUUAAAAAUCAAAAUAUUUCUUGUCUAACCUAUAAGGGUGCUGGCUUUGUACAUAACCAUUUCUCACAUUCAGAUGCAAACGUGAACCCAGUAUGUGAGUCGCAGCAGUCUAGUGCUCCAGAUGCGCAUGGCCCUGUACCCAAGCAGUCAACGUAUUCUCCUCUGCCUGCUUUGAACCUGCCAAGUCCUUGCAAAUCCAAAAGCCUUGGGGAUUUAACCUCAGAGGACAUAGCCUGCAACUUUGAGAGCAAGUACCAGUGUAUCAGUAAGAGUUUUGUUACCACCGGUAUCAGAGACAAGAAGGCUGUUACCAUAAAGACAAACUCGCUGGAGCCUUUAGAUACCCUAACUGAGCAGCUUCGGAAGCUGCUCUCCUUUGACCAAGAAGACAGCUGCCAAGUCCUGUAUUCAAAGCAGGAUGCCAGUCAGUUUCCCAGGGCAUUGGUCAGAAAGUUGUCAUCCCGAAGUCAAAGCAGAGUGCGUAACAUUGCCAGUCGUGCCAAAGAGAAGCAGGAAGCCAGCAAGCAAAAAGUGGUGACCUCUCCUAAUGGGGGAGGAGUGGUUCUUAGAAACAAAUCCUCAGUACCUGCCCCAGCUGUGAACCGCCACUCUACAGGCUCCUACAUUGCAGGCUACCUGAGGAACAUGGAAGGGGGCAGCCCCGAGGACCGCGGCAUUCCCGAGGGGGCCUGUACAGCCCUUCGCUAUGGCUAUUUUGACCAGUUUUGUUCAGAUAAUUCUGUUUUGCAGACUGAGCCAAGCAGUGAUGAUAAACCAGAAAUUUAUUUUCUUUUGAGACUGUGAACUAUAUAAAGCUGUAUUUUUCAAUGUUUACAAGGUAUUCUAUAGAAUGUUAGCAUUUUCAGUUGUCAGUAACUAUGACCCUUGGCUUUGAGAUGAAUUUCAAAUGUAUUUUAGACUUGUAUUUUGGUCUGUAUUUGAAUUCCUAUGUUCUCUGUGUGUUUGUGUGUGAAGUCUGUAGCACUUCCCUCACACCUACGAUCCCUCUCCUCCGAGGUGUUGCACACUGCUAUCAGUACGAUGUCUGUGCAUGCCCUAGAUGUGAAAUUUCUCAGCAGCUUGGGUUACAAUGUACUUACUGUUUCACAAAGAUGCUUUUCACUGUGUCCUCAGAUUGUGGUCGUAAAUGUCAUUCUUAUUCUCUUUUUGAGUUGAUUAGGAGACUGCAAAUGACAAAGGGAUGAAUUCUUUCUUUGAAGUUGUUUUCACUUUUCCUUCUAUAUCAAGAAACCCAGAUACAUUUUAAUAAUUCAGUUAAAUGAAAUUUAAAUAGUUACCUUGUCUUUUAAGAUUUUGUUACCCUACUCGAAAUGAGUUCCAAGGAAGAUAGCUGCUUGUGGAGCCCCGUCUUUCCCUCCGCCUUUUAGAAUAAACUAUGAGGAAGAAAGCAAACUUCUGUACAUAAGAACAAAAUUGUUUGUUUUACAUAAAUUUUGUUACAUAUUUUUGCUAAUAGCUUUGUAUGUAACAAGAACCUAGUUGCCAAGUUAUUUGUCAUACUUUUGAAUUUUCUGUUGAGUAACAGGUUUGCAAAUAAAGGCUUUCAGAUUGAGGGAUGUCUGUCAGAUUACAGAUAGGAGUAGCACAAACUGAAGGCUUCCCCAGAGCUGUCAAGAGUAAAAAACAAAAUAUUUUCUCAUAAUAAAAUCCAAAUGAAUAGAUAAUAAUUAGAAGAAACCUUUUCCCCUUAGGGAAUGAAGUAACUAUAUUUUAGUACUGACAUACAUUAUUUUCACUGUGAAUCCAUUUUUUAACUGUAUGUUCAGAUGUCCCUCUUUGCUUUUUUGUAACAUUAACUGCAAUGAUGUUCUU